AGAGAGAGAGAGGAUGGUGUGUUUAUUGGCACCAUGUCGCCGAGAGCACGAGUGUUCUUGAUGAUGAAACAAGCAAGCAAUAAACAAACUUUAACUCACCAUCACCAACCUUCCUUACAGUCCAGACCCCCAGACUAAUAAAGUGAUGAAUACAUUGUAAAUUGCAUUCAAGGUUAACUAGGUUGUAACCUAGUGUAGGCCUACAGUACUAGCCUACAUCGACGAUGAAACAACAUUGCCAUCAAGCGGACAUUGGACCACACACAUUGUUAUACCAAGCGCCAAGCCAAAGAUUAUAUAUUGAAAAGAGACCGCUCAAACAAUGGAAAUACAUGUUCUCAAAGAUGGAAGCCAGACGGGAGAGGCGAGACAAGAUGGGAUCACUCUAGCCAAUGAGAGGGCAGAUAGGCGUGUGAACAACAGGCAGAACUCCGAUUUAAAGUCCUAUUGUUUUUAAUUGCCAAAAUGCCAGGUGAGUCCACUUAUAUCAGUGCAUUCUUAACAACCUAACCAUUACGGAACUUCUAUUCGAUCAAAUAAACAUCACGUAGCAAUUACAUUUUUUGUUGACCAAAUUCUACACUCUCAUUGUCCUCCAUACAACUCUUCAAUUAGUGGUUUUAUUUUCGUGGACAGAUUUCGAGCGGAGUAAAUCCUCUCGCUUUGCCUCUUCCUCUCUGGACUAGCUUCGAAAACACCAGCGAUUGGCUGCUUUCAUGCUGCGUCAUUUCCUGGAAAUGACUUUCACCGGGAAGAAUUUUUGGUGCGGAAACUUCUGUUGUGUUGAGCUGUGUACCAAGAGAGAGGUGAAGGUUGUCAAUAAAUAGCAAUGGCUCCGGCUUCUAACACAGAGAAGGACAAUCCAGGCGGUAGUGAGUCUGAACGGAAAGUUACUGUAAACAAACAAGCAUGUUAGCGAGCUCGACAAGAGUGAACAUGCAAAUACGGCUUAGCCAGCAAGCUCAUGCUGUCAGCUAACGUUACAGUAGCUCUCACUAACAACAAAGAAACUAUUAGCCAGUUAACGUUAGCUAGCUUUUCCAGAUUUACUAGAUUUAGUUACAUUACAUUUACACUGAAUGUUCGUAAUAUGAAUAAUUACCCACCGUUAGCUGGCUAGCUACUCUGUGAUGUUGACAUUUUAGGAAGUGGUCUGUCGCUAGCUACUUUUAACAACGCGGGUGUAUUUACAUACAUUAGCGUUGCUUCUAUUGUAAUUGGGCUACACCGAAACAGGAAGUCAGAAGUUCCAUUUCAACUUUUUUUUUUAAGUCCUCGAUUUUCAUUGAGUUGUCGCCAACCAUUUUCUCUAAGGCAUCGCAACUUGCAUUGAUGAGUGGCGAUAACAAAAUUAUUCGCAGUGGGAUCUGGGCCCAGUUCCAGACAUGCCUUUCUUGGAAGCUGGAGGUUUGCUUGGGGUUAUAGGCAAAGCAGGAAAAUCGUCGUCUGACACGGGGAUGACUGUGGUCUGGCAGCUCAAGAGAGCCAAGGGAGAGAAGGUCAAAUACGAGGUGGCGGAUUUGACCAGUGUGUAUGACGAGGCGGACGAGGAACUCUCGGAUGGUGAGAGAGGCAGGACGAUGACUGGAUCAUUGAUGAUGGAUGGCUUCCUGAAAUUCCCCCAAGCAGCUGAUUG